UAUUCACACGUUUAUACAAAUAUACUCACUAUAGAAAUGUCUAUGUGGGGUAUGUUUCUACUUAUCUCUCAGAUAGGGUUUACAAUGGGACAGGUUUUCCACUCCAAUGAUGAUUUACCCAGCAUAGUUUCUAUUCUCAGUGAAGGCAAUCCUGUUCGACUGGACAAAUCUCUUCUGAAUAAUCUAUUAUCUUCAUGGAAUAAUAGAAAGUCGCAGGAGCAGUCUAGGGAUGGGAAACCAUGUUCAUUUUUCACAGAUUCUGAGGAGGGUGAGAGGGAGGGCAGAUGUACAAAUUAUGGAGCUUGUAGAAUUGAACAUCAAGAUUACUUCUCAAGGGAAGGAGCCUGUAGAGACUUCCAGGAUACUGGAAUACAUACACAUGUUGUCAGUUGCUACGUGAAGAUAACAACUAAGCAGAGAAUUGAUGGGAUCUGUUCUGACCGGAACUGCAGAGCUGGGUCAAGGGUCAGAUUUUUCCACAGAGAUUGCAGUGAGAGCCCUCGAGCCCCUCCACGUAUAGUUGAUAAUAAUAAUCUAUUUGGAUUACAACUGAAAAAUUAAACAGUCCAAAUGAUAAAGGAAAAUCAAGACAAAGAAGUAGAAUCCCUCAUUGAAUACUUCUUAAAUGUGCGUAUAAUAUAAAUGUUAAAUGUAAUAUAUGUAAGUUAAAUACAUAUUCUAAAUUUUGUA